UGUGUCCGGGUGGGGCUGCAGGGGGAACCCUGCGCUUUGACUAGAUCACCAGGAACACGACGCCCAUGUACCGGACCCCUGAGAUGGUGGACCUGUACUCCAACUUCCCCAUCGGCGAGAAGCAGGACAUCUGGGCCUUGGGCUGCAUUCUGUACCUGCUGUGUUUCCGCCAACACCCUUUUGAGGAUGGUGCCCGGCUGCGCAUCGUCAACGGAAAGUUCUCCAUCCCGCCCGACGACACACGCUACACCGUCUUCCACGGCCUCAUCCGUGCAACGCUGAAGGUCAACCCCGAGGAGCGACUGACCAUCACUGAGCUGGUCAAUCAGCUGCAGGAGAUUGCAGCUGCCCGUGGUGUGAACCCUCGGGCACCCGUCAGUGAGCUCCUGGAGCAGAACGGAGGUUACGGGAACAUGCUCCCAACCCGAGGGUCUGUCCCCGCCGGGGGCACCCCCCACAGUGUCUGCAGUGGAAACCUCACAGUGGCUGAGUACGAGCAGCCAUACAGUGGCCUCCUGGACCUGCUGCGGGGCGGCACCGAGCGCCUCUUCACCAAUCUCAAGGACACCUCCUCCAAGGUCAUCCAGUCCGUGGCCAGCUACGCCAAGGGGGACCUGGACAUCUCCUACAUCACAUCCAGAAUCGCAGUGAUGUCCUUCCCGGCCGAGGGCGUGGAGUCGGCCAUCAAGAACAACAUCGAGGAUGUGCGGCUCUUCCUGGACGCGAAGCACGCCGGCCACUACACCGUGUACAACCUGUGCCCACGCACCUACCGCGCCUCGCGGUUCCACGACCGAGUGUCCGAGUGCGGGUGGACGCCCCGGCGGGCCCCCCAGCUGCACAAGCUGUACAGCGUCUGCCGGGACAUGCACACCUGGCUGCGGCGGGACCCCAAGAACGUGUGUGUGGUGCACUGCGUGGACGGGAGGGCCACCUCCGCCGUGGCUGUCUGCUCCUUCCUCUGCUUCUGCCGCCUCUUCAGCACAGCUGAGGCCGCCGUGUACAUGUUCAGCAUGAAGCGCUGUCCACCUGGCAUCUGGCCAUCCCACAAACGGUACAUCGAGUAUGUGUGCGACAUGGUGGCGGAGGAGCCCAUCUCCCCGCACGGCAAGCGGCUGCUGGUCCGCAGUGUGGUGAUGGCUCCCGUGCCGCUCUUCAGCAAGCAGCGCAGCGGCUGCCGGCCCUUCUGCGAGGUGUAUGUGGGUGACGAGCGCGUGGCCUCCACAUCCCAGGAGUACGACAAGAUGCGGGAGUUCAGGAUCGAGGACGGCAAAGCGGUCAUCCCUCUGGGCGUCACCGUGCAGGGGGACGUGCUCCUGGUCAUCUACCACGCGCGCUCCACGCUGGGCGGGAGGCUGCAGGCCAAGAUGGCCUCCAUGAAGAUGUUCCAGGUCCAGUUCCACACCGGGUUUGUGCCGCGCCACGCAACAACUGUGAAAUUUGCCAAGUAUGACCUGGACGCCUGUGAUAUCCAGGAGAAGUACCCAGACCCCUUCCACGUGCACCUGGAGGUAGAGGUGGAGCCCAGGGACGGGCCCGGCCGGGAGCCCCCUCCCUGGGAGAGUGGGGCCGUGCGGGCCCUGAACCCCAAGAUCCUCUUCUCCAGCCGCGAGGAGCAGCAAGAUAUCCUGUCCAGGUUUGGGAAGCCAGAGCUCCCCCGCCAGCCUGGCUCCACCGCCCAGUAUGAGGCUGAGGAAGGGUCUCCAGACACAGAGCCCCCCGAGUCAGACUCCCCACCCAGUAGCAACCCAGACGCCUCACACUUCCUGCACUCCCUGGAUUGGCAUGAGGAGAAGGAGUCGGAGUCGGGCAGUGAGAGCCAUCUGGGCCCCGAGAGUCCGCCCAUGGGGGCUGAGGGCAGAGGCCAUCGGUCAGUCGAGGAUGUGGCCACCACAGGUGGCAGCAGGGACGCAGAGGAUGAGGAUGACCCCGUAGCCAGCCCACAGGAGCCCAGUGUCCUCCUUGAGCUGGACUCACAGCCGGAGCCCCCACCACAGGACAGCAGCGUGGACCUCCUGGGGCUGCACACCGGGGGGGCUGCCCCACCCCCUGGGCAGGCCUGCGUGGCACCCCCCAGCAACGCGGACCUGCUCAGCUCCCUGCUGGGGGCACCCUCUCACGAGGAUGCCCCUGCCAGCCUGCUGGGGGGCGAGUCCCCCCUGCUCCUGGCCAACCCCACACACCCCCUGGGUGCCCAGAGCACCCCCCGAGAAGGGCCCUCUGCAGCGGCUUCUCAGCACUCCCUGCCACUGAGCGACCCAUUUGACCCUCUCCUGCUGGCCCCCCGCCUGGACCCUCAGCCUGACCUCUUUGGCGACUUCUUGAGUUCCGACUGUCCAGCAGGCCCACCCCCCUUCCCAUCUACCCACAGUGCCCCGCCCCCUGCCUGCAGUGACUUCCUGCACCUGGGAGACCUGCCUGCAGAAUCCGGCAAGAUGACAGCCUCCGCCAGCCACCCGGACCUGCUGGGCACCUGGGACACCUGGGCUGAGGCCCCCCCAGUCGGCGCUGAAGCCCCUUUGUUCCCUCCCGGAGGCCAGUCUGCACCCCCCGGGCCCCCAACCAACUGGACCAAGUGUCAGAACCUCGACCCCUUUGCUGACCUCGGCGACCUCAGCUCCGGCCUCCCAGGUGGCAGCUCCCAGCAAAUAAGUCGGCCGCCGGCCCAGCCCCCCCAGUCCAAGCUGCCCCCCAAGGCCUCUGUGCAGCCUCGGCCCAGCUACACCACCUUCAGCGUGAUUGGGGGGCGUGAGGAGAGGGGUGUCCGCACCCCCAGCUUUGGUGAGGCCUGUGGUCACGACAGAGGCUGUUUGGGCCCCCACCGAGCUCAGAAGCCCAGAGUGUCUGAGAGCGACUUUGAAGACCUGCUGUCCAACCAGGGCUUCUCAUCCAGGGCUGACCGCAAGUUGCCACGGACCAUCGCCCAGAUGAGGAGACAGGAGCAGGCCCGGGGUUCGGACCCCCUCAAGCUGAAGCUGCAGGACUGGACGGAGGGCAAGGAGCGUAACAUCCGUGCCCUGCUGUCCACGCUGCACACGGUGCUCUGGGAGGGUGAGAGCCGAUGGACGCCCGUGGGCAUGGCCGACCUGGUGACACCUGCCCAGGUGAAGAAGCAGUACCGGCGCGCUGUGCUUGUGGUGCACCCCGACAAGGCCACUGGGCAGCCCUAUGAGCAGCAGGCCCGUUUGAUCUUCAUGGAGCUGAGUGACGCCUGGGCCGAGUUUGAGAGCCAGGGCUCACGGCCCCUGUUCUAGCUGGCCGGGUGUGCCAUGUGCAGCUGAGACUUCGGGGCCUGGCCAUCGUGGAUUGCUUUGCCAGCAUCAGGGGCCUGGCCAGUGGCCUCACCAGUGUCCAGCAGCCUCACCAGUGUCUGGCGACUUCACCAGUGUCCAGCAGCCUCACCAGUGUCCGGCGACCUCAUCAGUGUCCGGCGACCUCACCAGUGUCCGGCGACCUCACCAGUGUCCGGCGGCCUCACCAGUGUCCAGCGGCCUCACCAGUGUCCGGUGGUCUCACCAGUGUCCGGUGGUCUCACCAGUGUCCAGUGGCCACACCAGUGUCCGGUGGCCUGGCAGGCAGAGCAAACAUUCCAGGCACAGGAGAAAAGCAUUCCAAAGCCUCUGUGUUGUUUUCUUUUACUGGCCCUGAAGGGACAGUGCUGACUGACUCUCCACAGCAACUGUUGUGGCCUGGUGUCGUGCCGGGCCGUGCCGGGGCCGAGGGUGGUGGCCGGAACCCCAGAGCUGGGUCUCCCCAUAGUCGUGGGCGGCUGCCUUGCAAUGAAACUAUUUUCUGACCAAA